CUUGUCAGUCAGGGGGUAGAGUCUAAGUGGUGAGGAGUGGAACCGUUGACCGGUUGUGCAGCUAACACCAUGGUUGACACACGUGGAGCGAAGAGUACUACCCCUUACACCCAGGCUCAGGAGGAGCAAUUCGCUGCUAUUCUGAGAGAGAGAAGAGAGGAGGAGGAGAAGGAGGUCCUCAAGCAAGCGAAGUUGAAGGCGAUCGCUGAGGAGCAGGCGGCGAAGAAGAAAAAGUUGGAGGAGGAGAUGUUGAGAUUGCAAAAGGAAGAGGAGGAGAAAAGAAAGGCUGUUGAAGAAGAAGCGGCAGCAGAGGAGGAAGAAGUCGAAGAAGAACCCCUCGAAAGGAGGCGUAGGGGAGGAAGAGCGGAAAGCAAUGACACGAAGGGAGAAGAUGCGUGGAUGGAGAAAAAGAUUAGCGAGUGGGUAGCUAAUUUAUCCCUGGAAGAGGAUGAGGAGGCAGUGUUGUACGUGCCUCAGGAGGAGAAAGAAGCAUUCACUAGGGAGUUGGACGCGAUGGAGGACCCUCUGGAUCGCCAGACAGCAGAAGAUGAAAAGAGAUUAGAGUGGAAUUUGCGGCUGGCCAGAGAGAAGAAGAGGAGGAGGGAGGAAGCCAACCGGAUGGCUAGAGAGGUGGAAAAAGCUUUUCUGACAAAGCCGAAGCUCACUCCUCGACAGGCUCGCUGGUGGCGCGAUCUAUCCGAGUUUAGUUUCACCACUGAGCACAUCAAGGGUGAGACUAAUCGGGUCGCAGAUGCCCUAUCCCGGUGCCCUGACCACGACCAGGAGCACAUCCAGCUCUCUUCCAUCUCGGUAAGCACCGUCCACCACUCGGUGAUCGACGAGUUUCGCACUCAGUACCGCCACUGCCCCGACUAUCGCGACAUCCACGCGACCCUUCGGAGUGGCAAGACCGUCCCGAACUACUCUCUCGGGGACAACGGUCUUGUGUACUGGCACGGUUCACAGGGCAYGAGAGAGCCCCGUAUUUGUGUUCCCUCCACUGGACAGCUACGUGUCCGAGCAGUAGCAGAGUUCCAUGACCAGGCAGCUGCCGGUCAUUUGGGCUUCCACAAGACGUUGGCUCGGGUGAGCCGCCUGUACGUCUGGCCGAAGCGCAAGGACUUUGUGAAGGACUACAUCGCAGAGUGUCCCACCUGUCAGGAGGUGAACAGUGGUUUGCUCCAGCCUCUUCCUAUCCCUGAGGGUCGUUGGCAGUCCAUCUCGAUGGACCUUAUCGGUCCUCUUCGACCUCCGACUCCCCGCGAUCAUGAUGCUAUCCUGGUCGUCGUCGACCGCUUCACGAAGCGUGCACGCUUUGUUCCGUGCCGCUAUGCCAUCAAUGCACGUGAGGUCGCCGACAUCGUAUUUGACCGAGUCGUGCAUGACCACGACUUACCUCUGAGCAUCAUAUCUGACUGUGACCCGCGCUUUACCAGCCGAUUCUGGCGACGGCUCCACGAGGUGUACGGCACUCAGCUCCGCUUCUCCUCGUCUUACUAUCCUCAGACUGAUGGUCAGACCGAGAUCACGAACAGGACUCUCGGGGAUAUUCUCCGAAAGAUUGUUCGUGACGACCAGCAGUGGGAUCUCCAUCUUGCCCACGCGGAGAUAGCCUACAACCACGCCGUCUCGCCAGCCACGGCUACAACCACGCCGUCUCGCCAGCCACGGCUACAACCACGCCGUCUCGCCAGCCACGGGGAUGUCGCCUUACUAUUGCGACCUCGGCUAUCACCCGCGUAUCUGUCCUUGCCAUUUGUCGUCACCACGGACGCCGGUCAGUAUGAUAUAGGUGCCAUGUUACAGCAGAACGACGACAACGGCUACAGACCCGUAGAGUUCAUGUCAACGAGUAUGCCCUCAGAGAAGGUCGCUACCUCGGCGUACGAGAGGGAACUCUACGCUUUGAGGCAGGCCUUAGACCACUGGAAGCAUUACCUGCUUGGGAGGCACUUCAAGGUGUAUUCAGACCACGAGACUCUUAGGCGGUUGAAGACACAAGCCAAGAUGACACCUAAGUUGACUAGGUGGACCGCUAAGAUAGACCAGUAUGACUUUGAGCUCAAGCCUGUCAAAGGCAAGUACAAUGUAGUUGCGGAUGCUCUAAGUAGGAGAUCAGACUACUUUGGAGCUAUAGUUCACUAUCUGGACAUAGGGAGUGACCUGCAGGAGAAAGUUAGACAGGCGUAUGCGCAGGACCUUAUUUAUAGCGACCUCCUCGAGAGAGUCAAGGAGGCCCCAGAGAGUGAACCAGAUUACAGCACUACAGAGGGGUUGUUAUUUGAGAAGACCAAUGUCGUAGACCGUCUGUGCGCUCCCAACAGCGAGGAGAUCCGUAGUCUGAUCCUAGGGGAAUGCCACGAUACAGAGGGACACUUCGGAGAUUCAGUGUCCAUUGACUUUAUGGACGCCGACGUCAAGAGCAAGCACGACAAGAGCCAAGUCAUGGUCAUAGUUGAUAGAUUUAGCAAGGCUUCGAAGAGCUCUUGCUCUGAGAUUGGGGCGUCCAACGCUGUGGCUUGUUCUGUUGCGAUAGUCUUAUCCAGACCCGUAGAGUUCAUGUCCGCUAGGAUGCCUUCAGAGAAGGUUGCGACAUCUACCUAUGAGAGGGAACUCUACGCUCUCAGGCAAGCAUUAGACCACUGGAAGCACUACUUACUUGGGAGGCACUUCAAAGUCUAUUCUGACCAUGAAACAUUACGAUGGUUAAAGACACAGGCCAAGAUGACACCUAAGCUUACUAGGUGGGCCGCAGAGAUAGAUCAGUACGACUACGAGCUCAAGCCUGUUAAAGGGAAGUACAAUGUAGUCGCGGAUGCUCCGAGUAGGAGAGCAGAUUACUUUGGGGCAAUAGUACAUUACCUCGAUAUAGGAAAGGAUCUGCAGCAGAAGGUUAGAGAAGCCUACGCGCAGGACACUAUCUAUGGUGAGCUCCUUACGAAAGUCAAGGAGGCCCCAGAGACCGAGCCGAACUACCGCACUAAUGGAGGGUUGCUUUUUGAGAAGACUAAUGUUUUUGACCGAUUGUGCAUCCCCAUUAGCGAAGAGAUCCGCAGUCUGAUCCUGGGAGAAUGCCAUGACACGGAGGGUCAUUUUGGUUGGCAAAAGACCUUAGCCAAUCUGAUGCGCACGUAUACCUGGCCAGGGAUGAAGAAUGACUGCGUAGAGUAUGUUCGCAGUCGUAAGGAGGAGGCGGGGAAGCUCAUUCUAGAGAACGAGAGGUUCAAUAUCUGGAGCGAGUUGGAAUCGCUGGUCAAUAUGUUUGCAGUUCAAUGUGAGCGCAAGGGCCUUGAGAUUUUGCUAGACCUGGCAGAUGACGUCCCAGAAAUAGUGAGAGGUGACCAAGCACGUCUUCUUCAGAUCUUCUCCAACCUUAUUGGAAAUGCCAUCAAGUUCACAUCAUCAGGGCAUGUGGUAGUGCGUGGCUGGGUGGAGGACGUUGAGCACAGUGAGGCAGACACAGAGAGGGUACCAGCACUGGAGGGAUCUCAGGAUGAUGUGCCAGCAAGUUAUCAUCCUCAGAUGCUUAAGACACCUCCAAAAUGCUGCCUAACAACGUGGUUGCUGAUGACAUGUCGGCGGGCAUUGGAUAUUACCAGCAAACAAUUAUUGCUAAACAGAUGCAGAACAAAGAGAAGAGAGUCUGGAUUCGAGCCUCAGUGCAUCUUCUCCAACUGGAUUGCGGGUCGAGUUGAAAAGGACACCAAACGCUCCACCAGUUCAGGAACUGAAGGUGCUUCGAUGCACAGUAGAAGUCAUGUGAUAGACUUGGGUUCUGGCCAUGACGAUGCCAUCACUUCUCGUAAAACUGUUCUCAUCUUUGAGGUAGAAGACACCGGACCUGGCGUGCCAGAAGAACUGAGGGAGAGAAUCUUUGAGGGCUUUGUGCAAGGAGAUGCUUCCAUUACACGAAACGAACGAGAAACGCCCUCGGCUGGUCCACCUCUACGAUUGCAGCUGAUUAGCUUUCGUAUUGUCGACGAUAGCUCGGCAGGGAUACGCCCACCGAAGGGAGGUGACAACUUUCGUAAGGUGGAGGUAAGUCGCGCCUCUCGUAGGCCCUAUUCUGUCGUAGGGGCUUGCGAGAGGUUUGGCGGAACGGGGCUUGGUCUACAUAUAGCUCGUUCUCUGAUCCGAAGAAUGGGAGGGUCUAUUGCGGUGCGAGAGAAGUCAGGACGCGGUGCUGUAUUUAGAUUUCACGUCCAGCUCAACCUCGAUGAUCCACAUGAGGAAGAUCCAAGCUUUACCACUCUGCAAGACUUCAAGAGCAGGCUCAGUGCUGUGAAGAGUACACAAACGUUUAAGAAGACGAGGAUGGUUCUUGUUAUGUGCGACUCGCUCAUGCAAAGGAAAGCUUUUGCAUGGAUGACAAACAACAUGGUCAAGGUGGAGCUGAUUGAUACAUGGAACAGUCUUUUGGAGAGGGUUGGGCAGUACAAAAGAGGCAGAAGAGGAAAGGGCAGAAUGCCAGAUUUAGGUGAAAAGGGGGCUGCAUGGUGGACAGUCCCUGUGAGCCGAGGAGAUCAAGCUGAGGCACAGUCAAUGAGUGGUUCAAAUGUGCAUGGUGUUAUAAAAGAGGCUGUGACAAGGGAUUACAAAGGAGAGGAACCAGAAGCAGAUGCAGCAGGAUAUUCUGAUGCAGAACGGUGUAGACAAGGAAUGGCGCCGACAGUGAGCAUCAGAGACUCUGCGCAAGGAUUAACAAUCUGUCCGCAAGGCAAUGCUGAGUUCAACGACCAGGGCAGCUGUGAACCGGUCCAUUGUCCAUUAACUGACAAGGCAUUGUCAGACUCUAAUAUCGAGCAGCAGGUGCAGGCAGUGCACUUGAUCAUAAUGAUUGAUAUCAACAGAGUUCCGAACGGAGAAGACUUGGAGUUGGAGGACCUGAAAGACUUACUCAAGGUGUUGGGGAGUCGUUGUGUAGAAGAUGGAAUGCCACACGGACAGGAUUCUCCAGCAGUUGGCAUUUCAUCUGACAAACUAUCUGCAUUGCCCAUAUCUCACACAGAAAAAAAUUCUACUAGUGAAGAUUUGGGAGGUUGGACGACUACUUUGCCAACCAAGGAUCGGUGUCAGAUUUCAACAUCUGAAAUGGUACAGCAAGCUGGAAAGGAUAGGUCUCAGGCGCCAAGCUCAAGUGCAGACGGAAGCGGUGCCUUGACACUCGAGAUGGUGCAGCGCACCAGAAUGGAUCCCUUAGGAACCUCAGAAGAGUAUGUCUCGAGUGAAGACUUCAAGACAUUGGCCUCAAAGGCAGGGGGCUGUCCUCCUGUUACAAAUGCCCAAGUUUGUUCUGUCGGAGUUGACGAAAAAUUCAGUGAAUGCAAUACCUUCAGACGAGGCAUCCCUCUUCACGAUGAGACGCUUGAGAGAGAUGAUUUGAGAAGUGGGGAUCAUGAUGAUAUGCUUGAGAGAGAUGAUUUGAGAAGUGGAGAUAAACAUAACCAAUAUAGACCUUGUCCAGCCCAUUUGGGAAGUAGAUAUGAAUCGCACCUGUGUGCACCUGCUCCAGCCCAUUUUGGCACUGGGUAUAGAGGUCACGUAUGUGGCCCUUGUGGGACUCUUUCAGAAACCGAGUAUGGACUCGACCCAUGCGGAGGCGGUCCAUCUGAUUUGGAACCUAUGUAUGGCUAUGAUGAAACUUCUCCGGCUGGUGGUCCAUCUCAUCUACUCCUGGAAAGACCUGGUUUGGGAACUGGGUAUGAUACAUCAGAAGCCUUAAUGGAGGACGCCACGAGAACUGUACAGACUGAUUCUAUAAUUCUUUCAACUGUGAGCAAAUCAGAUGCAACUUCAGUUGCACCUUUGCGUGCUGCAACUGAGGGAACCUGCAAAGAACCUGAAAUUCUGGCAGAAGCUGAGUGCUGUGUUAAGUCUGUUGUUCUGAUUUGGCUUGUCCCAGCGACAGCCACCACCAAUGUCCGUGCAAAGAUACGACAGUUCGGCAGAUGGGCUUCCAGCUUGCAGCACGAGAUCCCUGUGAAGUGGCACAUCAAGAGCAAGCCCUUGCAUUCAAGGGAGAUGCUAGAGAUUCUGGAAAUGGCAACCGAUGAGGGACCGUCAGAAUCAAUUGUGAUGGCUGGUCAGCAGGAGAUCGAAGAGGCGCUUGACAUGGACAGUGCGGUUGCUGAGAAGAGCAUUCACAACAAAACAGCUCCUUCUAGUGUACACGGUCGCCGGCGUCAGAGCAUGGGAAGCAUAUUCAGGACUGGUUCUAUACAGGAUGAUGAUGUCAGUUACUUAACAAAUCGUAUUCGCAUUCUUGAUGGUUACGAGGUCGAGUAUGCACCUGACAGCAUGUUAGACGUGGCACUUGCUUCACCAAUCUGUACCUGGCGUGACAGAGUUGGAUCCUCCGAAGUGGACCGUCCGUUCAUGGAUGUACCCACUGACCAUUUGAUUACAGGCUCUUGGCAAGCAAAUGCCAGUGUUACAAGAUGGGACGAGAGCGCAGAUGACACAAGGUCCCAGCCAGUCAGUCCUGGAUUUGAACCUUCCGCUAACGAUUAUGACAUCCGGUCAAAGAACAGCAUUGACAUACGGGAGAUUCAUGGCCCAGGGGUGGAACCCCCGGUGCCUCCGGAGCCUGGAAGUAAUCCCCAAGCUCGACUGCCAAGACCUUGUAGUCCUCUGGAAAAGAGUACUGAUGUGGAGGCUGCAAGUUCGAGAUCUACCAAUGGUUGCUUGGCGGGUGAGGAACACAGAACACGGACUAAGUAUUUGGUCCUUCCAUUAGGUUCUCAGAGAAGCAGGAUGAUUGAUGUUGAUGACUGGGGGAUGAGUGAUCCCGUGGACAGGCGUAAGUUGUAUUUCGUGUGUGGUCCUUGUGAAGACACACACAAACUUCAGAUUGGAAGUGUGGCAGAGGGAAGCUCGGCGAAACAUGCUGGGAUAACUAUUUCUGUCAUGUCUGAAAGAGGGAAACAAUUCCCUGCAGUUGAGGGCAUUUCAGCCGAUGGUAACAGGAAAGAACAUUAUGAUCCCAUCAGCAAGAUGCAAAGCGUUGCUGAGAUGCAUCCUUCUGCUCUCGCCCAGGGGGACAAAGCCAGUGGACAUUUUGGAGGGAUGAGCAGUUCUGAAGCACUCAUGAGAAGAUGUUAUGGGCAAAGGGAAUUCCCUAUGAAAGGAUCACUUACUUCUGUCUGGAAACCGAGAGCUUCUGAGGGGACUUUGCAUGGCGCUCAAAUGGGCUGCAUCGUAGAGGAGAAGUCUGUUGCAAACAGAGAGACACAAGUGAGCUUACCAUCAUCAGGGAUGGGGGAGGAAGGAAUAGAUUAUCAAUGGAAGCUGCCAACCUCGGAUGUAGAAGAUCACAGAAGACUAACGCGUGAUGUCAGCCAGAGAUGGUCAUCGACUCCAGGACCAACUUCUGGGACAACCUUUCAUCCACCUUCUCACAUUGCAGAAACGCAUGAAAUGCAGAAGCUGGGAGAUCCACACACAUCUGAAGGUUUCCUCAAACGAGAUGCAAACUGGGAAACACACAGGAUAAGGAACAGCAAAGGCAAGGAAAGAAUACUUGGUUCUCCCGAUGCCGGUUUGACUUCGGGUCCAAAGGAAGAUCCUGUUCCAUUUCGGACUAAUGUCCCUUUCGGUCCACCAUCUGAUCCUGCACCAUCUCAAUCGUGCCCUGAUCCAUUACAUGAUCCUGGACUGUUUCAAUCAUGUGUUGUUCCGUUACAUGACCCGAGACCUAAUGCAUCUCAGUCUCAUGUUUCUUCUGGUUCAUUAUCUGAUCCUGGAACAUCUCAGUCACAUCCUGGUCCAUCACAUGACCGUAGACAAUUCCAAUUACACCCUGCUCCGCUCCGUGACCCCGGAUCAUCUCGAUCACGCCCUGACGUCACGCACCAGGCCCGUUGUACAUGUCCUCAGGAAGAGGAUAGGACACUUGGUUCUGCCUGUGGCACUGCGCCUUCUGGUCCAUUGCAUGGUCCUGAACCACCUGAAACCAUGAGCCAAGGGGGUCAAACACAUCCUCAUCCAGAGAAGCCCCUCAAAGGAAUGGAGGUGCUGGUUGCAGAAGACACUGGACUCCUUCGCAAACUUCAAGUGGCCAUGCUCCAAAGACUUGGUGCGAAAGCAAUUGGUGUGGAGGAUGGCAAGAAGGCAGUCGAAGCUGUCUGUGAGAGAGCUGCUGCUGGUCAAGCUAUGAAAAUGCAAUUCGACCUCCUGCUAAUGGACUGCCAGAUGCCAGUGUUGGAUGGUUAUUCGGCCACUCGAGCGAUACGAGAAAUGGAGCAGAAGCAGGAGACUGCAGAGCCCCAUCAUUUGCCGAUCAUUGCACUGACUGCACAUGCCAUGAAGUAUGAUGAAGACAGAUGUCUUAAUGCAGGCAUGGAUGCCUACUUGAUGAAACCGAUGAAAGUAGAACAAUUGUUGAAAGCAAUCAAAAGAGUUUGUCCUCACUUCAUUUAAUGUAUAUAACAAGAAUCAUGAGACCACCUCCAUGGGGUUUGUCGUAAAUUUUUCACUCUGCUGACUCUGCUGUUACUUG